AUGUGUUUAAAAUAUGUAGUAUCUAAUGUGAUUGUUCAUGUUUAUACAAAUAAUAAUAACAAUAAUAAUAAUACUAAUAAUAAUCAUUUGUGUCAAAGUAAUGCAUAUUAUGAAAGGAGUGGGGUAGAGUUUGACUCGAAUAAUAAUGUGAUGGUGAAUAUGAUUGUUUUAAUGUAUUUUGUACAUUGCAUUUCUUGUGUUUUAGUUGUGUUGAAUGGUAAUCAUGAUUGGAAUGAAAUCGUGACAAGAAAUGGAGAGUUAUUUCAUGUAUCCAAAAUUUGA